AUGGCUCUGACGCGCGCUCCCUCUGCUCCUUCAACGCCAGCAGCUGCAGCACCUGCAGCCAGGGCCGUGGCUGCAGCCAGGGCGGUGAGGGAAUCGCCUCGACCAGGCCGGUCGUGGAUGCUGCCGGCUCCUGUCAUGGUGCUACCAGUGCUGGGCUGGCGCAGGGCCACGCGGAACCGUGGGUCGCGAUGCCUGCUUCAGGCAACUGUGGAGGUCGAGACUCCUGUGGAGACUCCCUUGGAGGUUUCCCCUGCCAAGGUGGAUGCUCUGAAGUCUCUGUUGAAAGAUGUGCUUGAAGUCAAGCCUCCACGACAGCUGGACACAUUUCUCCAAGUUUUGCAGGCAAGUGGCUACACGAUCCUGGAGGACUGGAGGGAGAUCGGCGGCGAUCUCCACCCGUUCCUCCUUCCCGUUGCGACCAGAGGCGAAUUCGAUGACGACCUGGAGGUUUGCGGCCUCCUGAUUCGCACUCCGAAUGGGAAGCAGCUGCGGCCAGAUGAGUGGCAGGUGGUCACCCAGCAGCCCCGCAAGACGAAGGUGGUGAAGCUGGUGGCGCUCGACAUCAGCAGGUACAUCGUCAAGCAAGCUGAAGAGGCGACCUUCCGCAACAAGAAGCAGGACCUGCCCAUUAUCGAAAUCACCAAAGAUGUGUACGACGUGCGUUUCAAGGGCGAGGACAGGAACGCUCUGGACAAGUGGCUGCUUCUGGAGGUCGGCGCAUUUCCUGACGUUUAUAAGAACCUGGCCAUGGAGCACAUCAGCAAUGGUGAUCCCAUGACAGGCCUCGUCAUCGCGGACACGAUGCGGGAGACUUUUGGCUACGACUGGGCCUUUCCCCAUGCGUUCGUCAGCUCACUGCUCAAUUCUUACUUCAAUGGCAAGAAGGAAAUGGAAAAUCGAACCAUCGAGGCUUCGACAUGUCUCCACAUGAUGGGGAUUUUGUCUUUCUGCUUGUGUGCAGCCCAGUACAAGCAGUGA